AUGCAUGUUGAACGGGUUGCUGUCAUUGGCGCUGGGCCAUGUGGUCUAGGAGUUGCGAAAUAUCUUCUUGCUGAACAAAAAUUCAAAGAAAUCACAAUCUUUGAGCAGCGCAACCAGCCUGGUGGUGUCUGGAACUACACAGGUGAGGAAGGCCUUGAGAACGCAGCCGCAGAGCCUCGUCCCAAGCCUAGCCAACAGCCUCAGAAGGAUGUCAACGGCACUUUCCCUUCACCUGUUGUGAAAGAGUAUCUCCACAAGUAUGCGGAGGAGUUGCUGCCGUUGAUACGGUUCCAAUCUCUGAUUCUGGACGUUCAGUUGAAGACGCAGCACCCGCAUGCCGAAUGGAUCGUGACGUGGCGUGAUUUGAGGACCACCGAGACGCUUUCUGCACAGUUUGAUGCGGUAAUAGUAGCGAAUGGCCAUCACAAUGAUCCAUACAUCCCAGAAGUCGCCGGGUUGACGGAGUGGACACGCGCCUUCCCAGGAUCAAUCAUCCAUUCUGCGUCAUAUAGACGUCCCGAGUCAUUCUCGAACAAUAGUCUCAAAGCACCCGUUGUUGAUCUCCGAGCGGACCGAGACCAUUCUCCCCCUGAAAAGGCCGCAUUCGCCGAGAACGUGCCAGAGAUAAGCUCUCUAGACCCCAUCAACAGGGUCGUAAAGUUCAUUGACGGUCGCGAGGAGCGAGAUGUGGACAAUGUCGUCUUCUGUACAGGUUAUCACUUCUCUGUCCCAUUCCUGUCGAGUCUCCACCCUUCGAUUGUCACAGAUGGCGUAAGACCCCACCAGCUGUACCGCCAUGUCUUCUAUAAAAAAGAACCCACUCUUGCCCUGAUAGGCUUCCCCCAGCGAAUCGUACCUUUCCCAUUCAGCCAGGCACAAGGUGCAUGGGUGGCGCGCUUUCUAUCAGGGCGGGUAUCUCUGCCGUCCGAAGUCGAGAUGGACCAGUGGAUCAGUCACUGGACAGAGAUUCGCGGAGAUGGUCGCAGCUUCAAUACCCUUGCGUUUCCCAUUGAUGCAGAUUAUAUCAACUCAUUGCAUGAGCUGAGCUCCACUGCGGUGCGCAAGGAGGGAUUGGAAAAUGAGGGUAGGGGACGAAGCUCACCUUACUGGGGUGAGAAGGAGAAGUGGACACGCGCCAGAUUCCCGUUGAUUAAGAAGGCAUCACAGGCGCUUGGAGAUCAGCGAAGCCGGGUCAAAAGUUUGGAGGAGCUUGGGUUCAAUUUUGAAAAAGAAACUGCUCAAAAUGUAGAUGUCAGCAACGCGCGCCUGUAG